GGACAUUACUGGACACGAGUCAAUUAUGUCGACCGAGGAUUCUUUUGUGCCUCAUGUAAAACUCAUUUGCUCUCCGGUUACGAAUGUGAUUACUGUACUCUAAAAGUAGAUGAGGUUUCAUGUGCUCGUUGUGUUGCUGCUAAAAUUACUUGUAAAACGGUGCAAAAACCAGACGACAAUGGACGUUUCCAACACGACUGGGUUAUUGAUCGGCUGAUUCUACCCGAACAGGAAGGCUUUAAACCUAUUAUUGCACUAACGAAUACGGUUUGUGGCUCGUGUACGGGUAAAGUUGUGUAUAGAAACUUCCUCCGUCAUCUCCAUCCAAGGCAGGUUGAUGUAAGACUUGUCGUUGCCGGUGGUGAUGGAACAAUAUCCAAUGUGUUAGAGACGCUUGAGCAGUUCUGCCGAAAACCGCCGAUGGCUGUCCUUCCACUUGGAACAGGCAAUGAUUUGUCACGUGUGUUAGGAUGGGGUAGCGGAACGAAUGGUGAUUUCAAUAUUCUCGAGUACCUGAAUGAUGUCUAUGCCGCUGAUAUCCAGAAGCUGGACAGAUGGAAUGUGAUGAUCAAAUCGAAAAACCAGUUUGGAAGACGAACGGUCAUAACUAAUAAGAAAAUGAGUAACUACCUGUCGGUAGGAGUGGAUGCCAGCGUCACUUUUGGUAUGCAGACUACAAGAAAAUCGAUUCCGAAAGUAUUGAGUAGCAGAUUAGUUGAACUGCCAGGGAUCGAAGGUCUCGUAUUUCUCAACAUUCAAUAUUGGGGCGCUGGAGUGCAAGCGCCAAACAUGGUCGUAAUUGAUAAUGAUACUGACGAUACACUGGAUUUUGAUACACUACUAAACACAUCGGACGAUGAAGAACAGGGAAGAAUUGAAGGAGUGGACGAUUUGGUGCAGAGUAUAGAAUCAGAUGAAUCGGAUGAUGAGGAGUUUGACAGCGAAAGCGUUUCAUCAUAG